AUAUAUCUCGCUACGUUAAGUCUAUACUUGCCGUCCUUUCGCACGAGAUGUUGGCUUAAUCUGGCGGCCAUUUGAGCUAGGAAGAAGGUGCAUUGUGUAGGCAGUCAGCCAACGCUUUUCUCGGGCGGGCGUUUUUACAGGGAUAAAAUGAUCGCAUGAAGGUAACAGGGCCUUACCGAAGGACUUCAGUUCGUUUGCCAUUGGCACCCGAAUUUCGUUCCAUGCUUGUUAAGGCACCGGAUCAGAUCAUGAGAGAGUCGGCCCACCAACCGACGACGAGGGACCCCCCGUCCGUAUCCUCCACUCACCAGGUGCCCGAGGCACAGGAGAGGGGAGGGGGUGGUGCGAAGGGCUCCAGGGCCUGCUGCUUCUGCUGGUGCUGCUGUUGCAGUUGCUCGUGUCUAAGUAUGAAGAACACCGGCAAAGAGGAAUCAGGAGGCGGCUCCAUGGAGUUGGCAAAUGGGGAUACAAAUGACAAUCCAACAGUUGAAGAGAUACGAGUCUGGUCACAUUCAUUCGAUGCAAUGAUGAAGAGUGCAAGAGGUCGCAGGAGAUUUCGAGACUAUUUACGGUCGGAAUAUAGCGAAGAGAAUUUACUAUUCUGGCUAGCCUGUGAAGAGCUAGCGAAGGAAUCCAACUCGGCUGCUGUAGAGGAAAAGGCCAGGCUAAUUUAUGAGGAUUAUAUAUCGAUUCUUUCACCAAAAGAGGUAAGUCUGGAUUCUCGCGUUCGAGAGACCGUCAAUCGGAACAUGGCCGACCCGACCAUUCACACGUUCGACGAAGCCCAGCAACAAAUCUACAUCCUCAUGCACCGAGACUCCUUUCCACGCUUUCUCAACUCCAAAAUGUUCCGGAGAAUGGUGGAGAAUGCGAGCCGGGAGAAGAAGUGAGGGGCCCCAACUAACCGGGUAGGCCUGGGGUACCUCAGGUCCAACCUUCUCCUCAUGACUUUUGGUGUGAAAACAAAAAUUCGAAACACUAAUGAUGACCUUAUGGACGUUGAACGGAGCAGUGAUACUGGUUAACAUUGUGUAGACUUUUUAAAAUGGACGACAAGACGGGCUUCAGCGAUUGUCCAGCGUGGGUCUUCAAAAGACUGGUGCCCUGCUAAAGUGACAACAUCACGCAUGCAGACGAGCAUCGCUGUGGACGAUUUUAAAAAUACACCAUGGGGCUCGUUGACUCCACCGUGUUAGAAAACAUGACGUCACUGAUCAGACCACGUGACCACUAGACGAACGAGAUGACGACAGCGAAGCGGUACCGCGCCGUGAUGACGUGCACCGUUGAAAAUUGGCUGCAAUAAAAUGGGCGGCAUCUAACCGUUAGAGGGCGUACCACUUGCAGAGAUUUGGCGUGACCUCUUCUCCCCUUCAUGCAGGAAAGGUGUUUAAACAAAAUGGCGGUCAUGCUGGAAAGGGCUCUAAUAAUAAUGGGGUCCAUUUAAGAAGUUCAGAGAACCACAGAGUUGCCGACCGGCUGUACAUCGUUAACGAUGAAGGAUCAUUCUGCUGUAUAUGAAGAAGAUUAAACGUGAAAAAGAUGGCAAUGUGGCCAACAUUUUCCUCAGGGAUUAUUCACAAAUUUACACAUCAUCGGCGUGAUUAAGUUAUACAAGAAAUGAUGGAAUGAUAAAGAACAGGAAGGGAAUCUUAAAUUGAAACCCGGAGCUUUUCAUUAUACAAGGGCUGCAUGCUGUAAUACUCGAUAUCCACAAGUUGGUGUAUACCUGUAUUAUGGCAGAUCGAGAACGUGUGUGAUACCAAGGGUGACAUGUCGCUUGCCCCGUUAUGGAUGCAAUGAGUGAAAGAAGUUCAAAGUUUCUCCACCGGUUUUGGCUUCGGGUGAUCGAGAUGCAAUCUUCCAAGGCUAUCUGUGGGUUCGCUGGGGUCGAUGAGAAACCAAUUGAUUUAACAAUGUUUUCUUGUUUCCACAAUCAGAGUUUCAGCUUUGUUAUUUGGAAAAAUUCCAUGUGGAAACCAAAAAUCCAACUCUGUUUUUUACCUUCUACUUUGCAUGUAUGCCUCAUACAAAACAAGACUUGUUUUCAAAAACGUUAGUUUCAUUUUCAUACAAAUUUGCAAUUAGUUGUCGACGCAAAGGGUCUUAAAAACAAAGGUCAUUCGUUGUAAAUUAUUUUGCGGCAAUCAUGCAAAGCCAAACCGGGAUUACAACUUACAUAAACUUGCUGUGUAGUGUAUUUUUGGCUGAUGGUUAACUGUUUUCUCAUCAACCCCACGAGCAACUCUAAAGAGCCUAUUUAUAGAUUGAUGACGUCAACGGUAAUUGAUGGAUGAUACCUUAAUCCGAUCAUGUGGAAACAAACCAUUGUGGAUUACCUAAUCUAAGCUAUUGCUGUGAAGAGACUUUGAAGCAAACACAUCCAGACGGCAUCGCCAUUUUUAUUAAUGACGUCGAAGGAGCAGAAAGGCAUAAAAACAAGAGGUUUGGAAAAAAAAUGUUAUUAAUAAAGUUAUAAUUUGUGGCCUUUUUAUCAACGUGUGUACGCGCGAGGUUGAGACUGCGUGCCGGUGCAAGCGACUUUUCUACACCCUUGACCAAAGUAGUUUCGUCAUAAUGACGUCACAGCCUACAAUGUUUCCUCGCCAUUGGCUCAAGUAGUGAGCUUUUGUAAAACAAAUAACUAAAAUACAAGUAAAAUGAUGAGUGACUUUUGAUUUCUUGUGAUACAAUAAACACCUAAUGAUCGAAAAACGCGCCUCUGCCAAAGAACUAAUAUUCGUAACAAAACAUAUUGAUGUCUUUUUGUUUUUGUUUUCUACUCACAAAUUUUGAUGUUUAUUGCUUAACGAUUUUAACCAACGGACGGUCUAAUUUGUAUUGAUUUGUACUGUUUUUUCGGUGACAGUAACGUAAUAUUGAAAAAAAAAAUAUUGUCUGAAAUGUGAAAGUAUGUGAUGGGUGACUAUUUAGUGAAUAUUUAGAUUUUAAAUUUUGGAAGUUGUCAUAUUGCUUUUUGUCAGAACCGUGAUUUGUAUUCGUACAUUUUUACUGUCACACACAACAUUGUGAAUACACGUGUAUCGUAUUACAUUAUAGGUGCUUUUUUGAAAAGCGAGUACAUUUUUAAUUUGUAAGUAUAAAUUAGCAGUGCAAUUUUUUAUUCAUAUUGGUGGAGCUAUCACAGUGUGAAAAUCUUCAGAGCAAGUUGUUUACCUCAUUCUGGUGUUAGUUUGUGGAUCCACACAUUGUCGUGUUGAUCAACCCUUCUAAUUUUAAUACACUUAUAUUUCCCGGUUUAUUCAACAGAUAUUAUGUAUAUAGGGAGGUAUCAAUAUUUGUUGAAUACAAAAGAAAAAGAAUGAGUGUUAAGCUUGACACAAACCUUUUUUUCAACUAUAUGCUUUCUUUAAUUUUGUUUUUAAUGAUUCCAUUGCAGUGCAAUUUUCUGGGCAAUCUCUCGUUUUAAGCAAGAUUUGUUUGUGUUGUUUUUCAACCCAUUUAUCGUGCUUUGUGCCGGACUUUGAUAAUUAUUGUCCACAUCUGUUGGUUGAUAUCAACUGAUUUUGUGAAAGUAUCCACUCACGCCAAUGAUUAUGAUAGUGUUUUGAUAAUGCAAUAAUGUUGGUGUGAUAAGAUACAAUGUAAAACACAUUCAACACUGUAUGUGAUGCAGGCUGACUUUAUUCGUCUUAUACUUAUGAAAAUUGUCCACAUGUAUUGGUUGAUAUCAACUAAUUUUGUUAAAGUAUCCACUCUAUGUCAAUGAUGAUAAUGGGUAAUGUGAAACGUUGGUGUGGAUGCUAUUCAACACAUUCAAUACCGUAUGCGAUGCAGGCGUAAUAUACUUUGUUCGCCGUAUCCACAUGAAUAACAUUUCCACGUGAAAACGAAACAGCCGGAUGCCUAAACAACACCAUUUCAUUCCUGGUUCACAAACAUUAGUAAUCAGGUGCAGUUCUGUUACUCUACUCCACUAUUUAAACGCGAGCUUGCUUCUGCAAACAUAUUCUGCUGAUUUUUAUAACGGGCAUUGCAGUUUGUCAGUGAAUAAGACACAAGAUGGUUAAUUUGCGAACUUAGGACGAAUAGAUAUCAGCCAAAUUAAUUUAACACCUUAAAGACACUGGACACUAUUGAUAAUUGUUAAAUACAAGUCUUUUCACUUGGUGUAUCUCAACA